AUGGCUGCACUGGAGGAAGAGCACACUGAGUGGGUUAAGGAAGAAUUGCCAGACUGGCAGCACGCAAUAUACAUCGUUAACCCCUCCAAAGCAACCAGAGCAGACCCCAGUAAGCUCAUCACCGCGCUGAACAAAGGCCACGAGUCAAUGGCCUACCUCACCUACCUAAUUGACCACUAUGACUCCCUCCCCUCAACCAUCGUCUUCCUCCACUCCCACCGCGCUGGUUUCACCAUGGCCUGGCAUGUUGACGCGCCACUCCAUGAUAAUGUAGCAGCUAUGCGCGCCCUCCAGCUUGACUUUGUCCAGCAUAACGGGUACGUUAACUUGCGCUGUAACUGGAACCCAGGCUGCAAGACCAGUCAUCGCCUUAAUCGCUAUGUUACUGAGCAGGUCUGGGCGGAGAUCUUCAACGGAACGAGUACCCCACCGCUGGACAUGACAGAGUCCCCUGCUACUAGAAUGGGUAUGGAUGCAGCGCACCAGCAGAAAUACCUGGUGAAACCAAAGGAAGUUGGUGCUGCAUGCUGUGCGCAGUUUGCUGUGUCACGGAAGCAGGUCCUCCAGCGGCCACGCGAAGAUUAUAUCAGAUUUCGGCAGUGGGUUAUUGAUACUGACAAGGACGAUGCGACAAGUGGGCGGGUCAUGGAGUUUCUCUGGCAUAUAAUUUUCGGCAAGGGGGCUGUAUAG